UGGAAAUGGGACAUACCCGACAGCACUGACUUGUUUCUACGAUGGGGUGUGUAAACACUACUACAAGAAAAAAGAACUGUAGUCAACAACUACCUGUCCACACAGGUACGAUGAUGAACUGCUGUGGUCUGCUAACUCUCCAGAGGGAACCAGUUCCUCUGAAGAGCAUUGAGGUGGAGCUGGAGGUGAGGGACCAUGUGGCUACAGUGUUCUCCACUCUGAACUAUGAGAACAAGGAGGACAAACCAAUAGAGGCUGUUUUUGUCUUCCCUCUGCCUGGAGAUGCUGCUGUCUGUCAUUUCAGUGCUCAGAUUGGACAGACACAGAUUGUAGCUGAGGUGAAGGAGAAACAGAAGGCUCGUGAGGAGUAUGAUGAUGCUCUGAGCUCCGGUCAGCAGGCCUUCCUAUUGGAGGAGAGUGAUGAGAGUCCAGAUAUAUUCUCUCUGAGUGUGGGCAGUCUGCCUCCAGGAGAGAGCGCCUCCAUCAGGUUGGAGUACGUCACUGAGCUGGCUGUGCAGGCUGAUGAUGGUCUGAGGUUCUGUCUGCCUGCUGUGCUCAACCCUCGAUACCAACCUCAGGGUAGUAAAGGUGCAGGUGUCCAGGUGACUUCUGUUCCAGCCUCUCUGGUGCCCUACAGCCUGUCUUUUUCUGCCCGAGUGUCCUCUCCUCGUCCAAUCUCUAAAGUAGAGUCCAACUGUUCCCUGGACCCUCUGCAGUACCUCAACACUGAUCAAACCCAGGCCACGGUCAAGCUGGCUGCAGGACACAAGUUUGACAGAGAUGUUGAACUGCUGAUUUAUUACAAAGACGCCCACCAGCCCACUGCUGUGGUGGAGGCAGGACAGGCCUCUGCUGAGCCGGGCUCUCUGAUGGGUGAUCCAGUGGUGAUGGUGAGUCUGUACCCUGAGUUCCCCCAGUCUGUGAUGUCUUCAACGGCUUCAUGUGGAGAGUUUGUGUUCUUAAUGGAUCGAUCUGGAAGUAUGAGUAAUACUCGCAUCCGCAGUGCUAGGGAUACUCUGCUCCUCCUGUUGAAGAGCUUACCAAUGGGCUGCUAUUUCAACAUUUACAGUUUCGGGUCCAGAUAUGAACACAUCUUCCUUAAGAGUGUGGAGUACAGCCAGAAGACCAUGGAGGAGGCUCUGAAGAAAGUUGAGCAGAUGGAGGCUGAUCUUGGUGGAACGGAGAUCCUGCAGCCCCUCAAACAUAUUUACAGCCAGCCCUGCAUUCCCAAUCAGCCCAGACAGUUGUUUGUCUUUACUGAUGGAGAGGUGGGGAACGCCAAAGAAGUGAUCGAUCUGGUGAAGAAGAAUUCAGGUUCUCACAGGUGUUUCUCUUUUGGGAUUGGGGAAGGGGCCAGCUCUGCUCUCAUCAAUGGGAUGGCCAAGGAAGGAGGAGGUGACGCUCAGUUCAUCACGGGGACUGACAGGAUGCAACCAAAAGUGAUGCAGUCGCUGCGAUUUGCUCUGCAGCCGACUGUGGUCGACAUCUCAGUCACAUGGGAUUUACCAAAGGAAGUGUCUGUCACUGUCCUCUCUCCACCAAUCACAACACUUUUCCAGGGUCAGAGGUCACUGAUUUAUGCCCAGCUCACUGGACAGAGCUCAGAGGCAGCAGAGGGCUGUGUGACGCUGAAGUACAGCCUGGCAGGUCAUCCCUCUGAGAACCAGCUGCACUUCAGUCUCAGACCUGCAGAGGACACUGGACUAACAGUUCACAGGUUGGGUGCUCGCAAUCUGAUUCGCUCCCUGGAGAUGGAGGAGAGAGAUCGUAGAGGACAGCAAGAUGGAGGAGUGAAGGAGAAGGUGGUGCAGCUCAGUGUCCAAUCAGGAGUGAGCAGUUCGUUUACUGCCUUUAUUGCUGUCAACAAAGACAACAGCGAAGUGAUUCAAGGACCUCUUGUGCGCAGAAAUAUUCCAACACCCUGUACUUUCCCAAAUUUAAACAGUUCAGGACGACAUAUGAGUCGUUUGGGUGUUUCAAGUUGUUUGGGUGCUUCAAGUCGUUUGGGUGCUUCAAGUCUUUUGGGUGCUUCAAGUCGUUUGGGUGCUUCAAGUCGUUUGGGUGCUUCAAGUCUUUUGGAUGCUUCAAGUCGUUUGGGUGCUCCAAGUCGUUUGGGUGCUUCAAUGUCUGACUCCGCGGUGAUGUUUGAGGACAUUGUCAUAGAUGGAUUCCCGAUGAUGGAAGAAGAAAACCAGUCAAGAAAAUAUUUUCCAGCUGCUGUGCCUGAGCAGCCACCCAGAGACCCUUUGCUACAGUUAGUCUCCCUGCAGGAGGCGUCUGGCUGCUGGCUGCUUGAUGCAGCUCUGGCUGCUGCACUGGGAAAGACCAACGAGGAGGUGGAAAAGUCAAAGCCUGAAAAGGCCAGCAGUGAAGUGUGGGCCACCAUUCUGGCUCUGAUCUGGCUUCAUGGUUUCAAUAUGGAAGCAAAGGACGAGUGGGAGCUUCUGGCUAUGAAGGCUGCCUCGUGGCUCCGUGCUCAGAAUGCACCGUGUGUGUCAGAGUGUGUGGAUGCUGGAAAUGUCCUGCUGGGUUGCAGCGUGAAGAAAGAAGCUCUGGGACUCUGAGGGUUUUCUUAAAGUAGCUUCAUCUUCAGAGUGAACAGAAGCAGGUCUACUUACUCCACACUGCCUUUGAUACAGAGCUGUUUUAUAUCAUCAACCCCUUUUACAUGUUUAUUUGUUAUGAAUUAUGUACCUAAUUUUGGUUUUACCAUUGUGGAAAAAAAGUAUGUCAAAAUUGUCUGAAUAAUGCUAACACAGUAAAAGAUUGGACCACUGCUGUGGCAGCUCAUUCAGAAAGUGUUUUAAUUCCCUUUCUCUGCCACUAGAUGGCGAUUAUGUUCAUACUUUUACUUCUUUUACACAGAAACACCAAAACCAAUCUAAGAAGAGUCUUUUUCCUUCCUGUUAUAGUUCUGAAAAUGGCUUCAGUUCAGGACAUUUUCAAGAUGGUCCUCAGUGAAUUGGAGUGAGAAGCGCUAAACAUUUAAAAUAACUAUUUACAGUGUUUACACCAUCUUCUAAACAAAAAAGUCUAUCCUAGCUUUUAUUUUUUAAAAAGUAAUAUUUUUAUGGACAAAUUGAAAUGAAACCAUACAGAACGUCAUUCUGUUUUUCUCGCAGGAGUUACAAUUUUAUCCAUAAAACACUUUCAUUCUGCUAAUUGACACUGAUUGGUCCUUGAACGUCUUAAGACAGCACAUAGUCUUCAUUCAUGUUUGCUUACUUAUGAUAGUAGUUCGAGUUGAAUCUGAAUUUCCCAAACUGCUUGUUUUCUAAUAACUUUCCAAAUAAUACUUAGCGUAAAAAGUUAGGAAAUGUAUGUUUGGUCUUUUAUUUCUUUGUUGUAACCAGGGCUGGACUGGCCAUCAGGCAUACCGGGCAUUUGCCUGGUGGGCCGCUCGUGAUUUUUCGUUUUUAUGGGCCGAUGAGGUUUUAUUUCUUUUCUUUUUUUACGGUAUAAAUGAAUGGUGGUGAAUUGGCCAGUUGGUCAUGAUCGACUCUGGGCUGGACCCUUUACAGCCGAGGAGGUCGAACUUUAAAGUUGAGGUGAAAAGGAACGCGAUUUGUCCCGUACUACUUCAGCUAGAAAGUUGCAAAUUCAAUCAUGAAACUGAUCAAUGAUCAGCUGAUCGGCUUUUCUCUCUGCGCCCGAAAGAGGAAACCAGUGGAUGUCGCGCUAAACAACAGCAGCACGUUUAAGCUUGAUCAGCUGUUGUUAGAAUUUAUUUAAUAUUACUUUCUAGUAUCAGCUGAUGUUUGCUGGAGCCACAGCUGUAAAAGCUGCUGGUCAUGAUAUCGGUUUGGUUAUCUGGUGAGAGGGAAACAUGAAGAUGAAACCAGGAGAUGUCCUUACUGAAUCAUCAGAGUUGAACAGGUGAUGAAGAAACAGGUUUACCUUUUAGGUGACAUGAAUGAGUUGAAGAGAAGUUAUGAAGUGUUUCUGAGAGACAAAUAACACCAGGAUCCUUUUCUAAGUAGCUAAGUAGUUUUGCCAGGGGGGCCAGGUAGGGCAUUAGCAGGGAAAGGGGGGCACAAAGAAAAUACUUUUCUUUCUUAUUCUCAUUUAAAAUGUCUAGCUUUUAAUAAAUAAUUAUCUGAAUCUUACAACCAAAGUUUUCAUCUGAUGUAAAAUGUAUAGAAAUCCAUUAUUGUAUUCAGUAAAUAUUAAGCCUAGUAUAUACCCUAAGAACUUAUAUUAUUCUUUCCUUUGGAAAGCUACCAUCUGUGCAGUCUGCAAUUCUGUUGAAGAAAGAUGUUGAAUCUAUUUAAUUACUGAAGAAAAAUAAUAGAUUUCUGUGCAUUUGUUUUAUACGUGCAUGAAAUUAAAAUCGGUUUUGUCAAUUAAGCAUCUUGAGGCAGAGGGUAUAGGAGUGGUUCCCUUUUUUUUUUUUGCAGGGAUUUGGCAACCCUAUUGUUAGGUAUAUGUAAUUAUAAAUUAGGUUGUUUUAUAUUUUUGUUAAGUACUGUUUAGAGUACCAGAAUAGGGAGAAUGGUGUAGGUUUAAGAUUAUUAUAAAGACUUUAUGGCUUUUCCUAUAAUACCAUGGUGGGCCGGUCAAUAGUCAAAAUGCCCGGGCUGAUUUUUUGUCCCAGUCCAGCCCUGGUUGUAACAAUGUUUCUUGGCAAUAAAUUGUAUAUUGUUAGAAAGUUUUUUCCCAGAAAUGGUGGCACAUUUGUAAGAACAAUAUAUUUGAUCAGCAGCAAAGUUGAGUACCAGGGUUGUGUUCAUGAAUAACUUGCCAAGUCUUCUCUGCCAAUGCCAAAUAGCUUUCUGGGUGCUGCGCUGCACUGUCAGAGCACACCUCCUUAUCUAAGGAAGGUUUUAUGUGUUUCUUAUUCUCUUAAAAAGUUCUGCUGAGGUCCUCCUAUACUCGAAGUCUUAGAGCCAACUCUGUUCUUUGGCUAGACUUUCUUCCAUAAUCUGUCUUUUCACUUUUGUGAGAAAUAAAACACAAUUUAAGAACAUAUUGUCAUAAAAAGAAACAACAUCAAUAACUACACCAAGGACAUUCAAAACAAAUUUUAAACUUGGCUUUAAGUCAUAAGUCUGAUCUGAAAAUGUCGACCAACUUCAACAUUUAGAUUGUGACACUAACUUGGCUCUCUUCCACAAUGUGUUUCUUUUGUCCUGCUCCAUUUGUGUUUAUUUUGUGCUGUAUAAUUAAAACUGAAUUACAUCUCUG